AUUGCAUAUCAACGCAUCUUCUCCCAUUCAAUCCAGGUUCCAACAAACCUGAAGGGAUAAGACACAGCUCAAAAUGUCAGCACCUAGACUAAUUCACCGCGCCUUGCGGCCAUUGCCAUCAUCCUACAAACCCGCAAUCAACCGUUCAUUCGGCACGACUGCUCUACGCUUCAAUGAUGCUAAAAACCGCUCCCAAGCCAAUGUCGAAGGCUACCGUGAAGACCAGACCAAAAAGCCUUCGAACCAAUUUGUGCCGAACACUACCUCCACUAUGACCAAGGACUUCCCCAAUGUCGGGAGCAAGCCCCCACCCCCAGAAAUGCUAAACUCCGUCAACCCGAACUUCCGUCCUAAUGACCCCUACCCUGGACGGAUCGAGCACUUUACCGGCGGUCGCCAGGAGAGUGGUGCACAGAAGCCUGAGCUUGGAGUUGGCGAGAUGGAGGGUAUUACCUUCAAGGUUGAGCCUCUGAAGCGUACUGGAGAAGAUGCUACGACCAUGCGCGCUCGGUUAUUAUACCAAAGCCGUAAGCGUGGUAUCCUCGAGUCCGACCUGCUUCUUUCCACCUUCGCCGACGUCUACCUCCGGGACAUGUCCGUGGAGCAGCUCCAGGAAUACGACCGCUUCCUUGAUGAGAACGACUGGGACAUCUACUAUUGGGCCACUCAGGACCCUCCUGAUGUCACCGGAGAAAGCCCUCCUGCCGAGGACCAGCUGACGGAGACCUGGAAGGAGACUGGAGCCAAGAGCGGCGAGUGGGCGCAGACUAUUGGUGCAUUCAGGGCUGCGUAUCGCCCUGUUCCGGAGCGGUGGAGUGAAUCUGAGGUGUUGCGGUUGCUGAGACAGCAUGUGAGUGACAAGAGUGCCACUGGAUUCGAGUCUGCGAAGAAUAGAAAGACUGGCGGCGGUGGUGGAUUGGGACGUAUGCCGAAUGUGCAGGUUUUCAACUCCUAG